CAUUUCCCUCACGCUGCUUGGUGGGACCCGUUGAAGGUCAUAGGCGGUGGGCAAGUCAAUUUGCACGGCAAACUCGAACAGGACGCGAUCCAACUGUUCGCUGAAAUCUCACAGCGAACCAAACCAAAGGGCACAUCAAGGGCGCCCACAACGAGAACAGGGAUGGCUUCGGAGAGAUGCUGCCUCUUCCUCGAGAUCCUCGUCGCCAUCGUCCUCCCCCCGCUCGGCGUCUUCCUCCACCACGGUUGCUGCAGCCUGGAGUUCUGCAUCUGCUUGCUGCUCACCCUCUUCGGCUACGUCCCUGGGAUCAUCUACGCCGUCUACGUUAUCGUCGCUGUCGAUCGCGACCGCCAUCGGAGGGACGAGUACUACUAUCCAGUCGUCGCUUAGCUGGAGAGGGGUUCGCCUCUGGACUCUGCUCCGCACGCUAAUUAAUCAAGUAAUCUCCUCUUAGAGAUACUUAACAGUGCGUGUGGACACUGGAUCUCAUUUUAUGGGAGUUUACGUAGAUGGGAUUUUAGUUUAAAGAACGUGUUUCUCUAUAAUAUUGUAGAAUUAGAUGACUUCUUUGUGACUUUGAUGUAAUUUGAAACUCCUGGUACGCAUCUGCUUCAGUACAGCUUAAAGAAAAACUAGAUUGGGUUGGGUAUCUUA